AUUGUCAGCGAGGGUUUUGAAACAUUGUCCAGGCCCGGACCACAAAAACCCUGGAAACCUCCGUUUGGCCCCCGACUUGAUCCGAGAGGGAGAGCAAAGGAGGAAAAGAAAAAUGGAGGAGAGGUUCAAGUGCUUGGCCUUGUUGGGAGCUGGAGCUCUUUUGGGCUCCGUUUCAUCCGUGUUUCUUCUUAAGGUUCUUUCAAGGGGAUUUGAGAACCGACGCAAUAGGGAGGCUGAAAAUUUUGAUGCUUCAAAAGGCUUCAAUAUUGCCAAGGAUGCAAACCAUAGGAUGCCGGGUCUAGACCUUACUGAUGAAAUAGUAUCAGAACAGCUAACCAGGAAUAUUCAAUUCUUUGGCACCGAGUCUCAACGAAAGGUGACUGGAUCUUAUGUUGUGGUCAUUGGUCUUGGUGGAGUUGGGAGUCAUGCUGCAUCAAUGCUCUUGAGAUCAGGAGUUGGCAAGCUCCUCCUAGUUGAUUUUGACCAGGUAUCACUUUCGUCAUUAAAUCGACAUGCUGUUGCAACACGAGCAGAUGUUGGUAGCCCAAAAGCGCAGUGCCUGAAAAAGCAUUUCACAUCUAUCUGCCCAGAGUGCCAAGUAGACGCUAAAGUGUUAAUGUAUGACGCAUCUUCUGAAUCAGAGAUUCUUGGAGGCAAUCCCGAUUAUGUUUUGGACUGCAUUGAUAACAUAGAUACUAAGGUGGCGCUUCUUGCUGCAUGUUAUCGUAGGGGUUUAAAGGUUCUAUCUGCGACAGGAGCUGGUGCUAGAGCUGACCCAACAAGAAUCCGGAUUGCUGAUUUGAGAGAGUCAAGAAAUGAUCCAUUAUCUCGUUCAGUAAGACAUCGUUUGAAGAAAGAUCAUGGAAUUGAGAGCGGUAUUCCUGUUGUGUUUUCUUUAGAGAAACCCAAGGCAAAGCUGCUUCCAUUUCAAGGGACAAAUGGGGAAGAUGAAAAUCCUUCCGAUUAUCAAAUAGUGCCUGGGUUUAGGGUUCGUAUCAUACCUGUUCUGGGUACCAUCCCUGCAAUUUUUGGACAAGUGAUGGCAUCCUACGUCAUGACACAACUUGCAGGGUUGCAAGUUCAAACAGAGCCUGUAAUAAAUUUAGAUACAGAUCAUUACCACAUACUUCAUCAACGCCUUAUUGAGCAUGAGGAGUCAGUAUAUGGCUCAGCCAUGGAAGUCCAGGUAGACGUUGAGGAAGUGAUGUAUGUUGUGAAAGAGCUAUGGCAUGGACGAAGUGCAAGAGACCAGUCUCUAAAUGAUGGGGCACGCGGAAUGUGGCGAUCUGUUAACGAGCUAAUGCUUGUCAGGUGGGACAGGACAAAGCCUGCAUCAGUGUCAAACUUAAUUCUUUUAAAAUUCAAAGAGGCAAAUGAGCACGAAUCAAGAAUGUUUGAUGAUAUCAAGGAGAAGGAGCCAGAGUUUUAUGAGAGGGUGACAUCUGUACUUAAGCAAGCUGAGCUUGAAUUUGGCUUGUGAAUUGCUGGAAGUAUUCCCUGAUAGUCAGAUAAGAGGUGUUAGCCUAUUGCUUGCUUUCUCUUCCAUGUUUUUUAGCUAAGCCUUUGUGAUAACCUUGUUUUGCAUCCUUUCUCUUCCAUGAUCACCUCUUUUUUUAAUCUGCAGCUUAUGGCUUGACUAAGGUUGAUGUCAGCUACUCUGUCCCUGUGUAUUGUAUAUCAAAAUAUAACUAUGCGGAAAUUGCAACAGAUCACAUACCAUCUUACUUUUUAGUCUUGCUAUUUUAUUUGUUUUCGAAGACGUCCCUUGAGAUUUACAGAGCAAAAGCUCUCUCUGCUCAUUUUGGCAGAUGGACAUGGCGUUUGAGGCUUUUGAUAUUUUGACGGCCUGUCUAAACUCUUUCGUCAGUCAGAUUGAAGGGUGUAGAUUGCUGCUCUUUUCCUCUCCAAGUAGAUUUUGAACCAGGACAUGUAAAACGGAAGUACAUUGCUGUUUUUCUAUAUUGUUUUGCCUUUUCUUUUCUUUUUUUCUCCAGGUGAGGUCUUUUGCUACAAAGGAAAAUUUAUUAAUCCCUUUCAUGUCUUAAUAUCUGACAGAUGCGAUUAUAUUAUUUAUGAAAUAUGUAUUUUGAA